GGAGAUGGAGGGAAAGACCCCCCGCCAGUGUUCCCAGCCGUGAGGCCGAGGACCUCGAUGGGGACCUCAUGCCCCCUAUAUCCUCCUCUGUAUCUCGGCCGCUUUUGUAUACCAGCGACCCGGCUGCUUUAAUUACAGCGCGCGAGCGGCUGUCAGCUUCUGUUAAGCCGUUUGUGGGAGAUUGUCCGCGGCACUCCGAGAGUGUCGAGUGCCCAGAGUGCACUGAGCCACCCUCCAAUGCCGCAGCACUUGCAGCCUCGAUCCCACCGCUCUGA